AUGGCAAGAAUCAGUACUAGGGGACGUCAAAAGAUUGAGAUCAAGAAAAUAACCAAGAAAAAAAAUCUCCAUGUCACUUUCUCAAAGUGCAAAUAUAGCAUUUUUAAUCAAGCUAAUGAACUCUCCACCCUCUGCGGUGUAGAUGUGGCUGUCCUCCUUUUCUCACCUGGGGAAAAAGUAUUUUCCUUUGGCCACAAAUCUAUUGACUCAGUAAUUCAACGUUUUAUCAGUGAAGCACAUCUCAUAUCCUCAUGUCCCACGGGGCUCAUGCAGGUGUAUCAAGAAACUACUAUUCGUGACCUCAACGCACAGCUAAUGCAGGUGCUUGAUCAGCUCGACAUGCAGAAAAAGAGAGAGCAGGUGCUUAGCAAAAUGAGGAAGGCUAGCCAGGCAGAAUACUGGUGGCAGAAGCCGGUGAGCGAAAUGAACAAAGAACAGCUGGGACAACUGAAGCUUGCCUUGGAGGAGCUUCAGAAAAAUGUGACGCAACAAUAUCAAGCAAUUCAUUCUCAGAACUUGAACAAUGCUACUCAGUCUUCUGCAUCUAAUUUUGGAGUUGGUCAUGUCAUGCUUCCUAUUGCAGAUGUGAGCGGGGUUAAUGACUCUACUGCUGAAUGUGUUUGA